AUACACAUAAAGAGGCUAACACAUUCAGACCUACAAAUGAAGUUUUUCGUCCAAAUUUCUUGAACCCUUUUUUUAUACGGCGAAGAGAAACAUACAAGCGUCACAGCCAUCGAUUACUCGCGUUUAGUCUGUCUGAAGUGAAAUGGAGAGAGCGCAGAAAGGCAUGGGUUUUGGCAGGCCUUUGGGAACCGACGGCUUCGAUUACUCAUAUCGCAUGACUGUCGAUCAAAGAUAUCAGAAGGUUGCUUUAAGAAAAGCACAGCUCUACAGAUUGUACACGGCGCAGGUUGCUUGUCAGGCACUGGCCUUACUAUGGGUAGCACUGGUAAUGUUAAAAGGAAGGGAAGUCAGCAAAAUUGUGUUCAUUUCAAUUACAAGUGGCAUUAUUGCAAUCAUUUGUGGAGAAAUAGGUCGAAGGCGCACCAGUUCUAUGUUACUGAAGUUGUACAUUUUUGCAUCAUCUUUUGCAACGGCACUAUCUGUUUCAUGUGGCAGCUCGGGUCACCUAUCAGGUGAGCUCACUAGUGAUUCGAAACAGAGCGAAGACAGAGAUUCCUUGUCAGUGUUAUUCGAUACUUUGGAGACAUGGCGAAUAUUUAUAGGAGUGCUGCUGCAAAUUGUUACGACGUCUGCAACGAUUUCUCUACUACUAAACAUGUCUUCAAAGAGGAGUUGAGAACAUGUGGAAAAUAUAAAUGCUAUAUAUAUUUGUAUUUUCAGAUGAGUGAAAGAUGCCGAAUGAAAAAUUUCUCAUAGGCCGAUAAGUUUAAAUAUUAGAUGAGGACAAGUGAUUGCCAGAACCUUUUUUCAGAAAUAAACCUUUUUCUUUAUGUUUUGCUACAGUAAAUGGUGGUAGCUUUAAUUUUUUGCGAAGUAGAGAAUGGCUUUUUAUUGCCUGUUUAUGGAUGUCUAAUAUGAUAAUAUCUAAUCACAUAAUGUUUGAAGUA